CGGAAGUGACGUAAUAGCAGACAUAGUUGGAGGGUUCGGGUAAAAAUGGCCGAAUAUUUAGCUUCGAUAUUCGGGACUGAGAAGGACAAGGUUAACUGCUCUUUUUACUUUAAGAUCGGGGCCUGCCGGCACGGGGACCGGUGCUCCCGGCUUCACAACAAACCGACUUUCAGCCAGACCAUAGUGCUGCUCAACCUGUACCGGAAUCCACAGAACACCGCCCAAACCGCAGACGGAUCGCACUGUCACGUGAGCGACGUGGAGGUGCAAGAACGCUAUGAUAACUUCUUCGAGGAAGUGUUCACGGAACUGCAGGAGAAGUACGGGGAGAUUGAAGAGAUGAAUGUGUGCGACAACCUGGGGGAUCACCUCGUGGGCAAUGUUUAUGUCAAGUUUCGGCGCGAGGAGGAUGCAGAGCGGGCAGUCGCUGAACUCAAUAACCGCUGGUUCAACGGGCAGGCUGUGCAUGCCGAGCUGUCUCCCGUCACUGACUUCCGGGAGUCGUGCUGUCGGCAGUAUGAGAUGGGGUCACCCCCAAGGUCCCAUACCGGCCACCGUUCCCGAGAAAGAAAUCGACGACGGUCCCCAGACCACCGGCAUGGCCAUUUCUGAGAUGCUGACCUUGCCCUCCACCCCUGGCAGGCACAUAUGUUCCUGGCCAGGACCCCUCCUCAAAGCCCCCUUAACUCCCUAGUGCCAUCUUUUCCAUGCUCCGGGUCUCCAUGAUGUAAUACCUUCAACACAGGGACCUUCUAUCGCCCCGCCCCUAAUAAAGUUCUGUAUUGAGGGUUUA